UCAGUAGUCACUUCUCAUGCAGAACGCGUCUCAUCCACACACACACACACACACACACACACUGCUCUGCGUAAAGCUCUCACUUGCUGUCCUUCCAUCGCUCGCCUCAUCCUCUGAAAUGCAGUGAGAUGUUGUAAGCUCUGUUUGUUAAAUCCGUUGACUGAGUGCAGUUUUAUAUAGGCUGUUGUCGCUUUUCUGCGGACGGGCUAUAGAGGAAACAACGUGCUUUGAAUGCAGAGCAGACUUUCUCUAGUACCACCCGGGCUCCAGUCAAACCCAUAAAACAGAGAAUUUACUCCAACGGAGCGCAUUAGAGAUUAAUUCCAAUUAAAGGAUUCGUCUUACUGCCUUUAUUCGAAGGACAUCAGGCUCUGGGCUAUUCGAGAAGAAAAGCGUUUACCUUCUGCGGGAGGGGGACAUUAAAUUAACAACACAUCUAGGAGAGCAGCUGAUGAGAGAUCUCGCGCUUUGAGAUGCUUUAGUGAUAUUACAGGACUCAUGGCUUCGCUUUACCAGAGAUUCUCGGGGAAGAUUAAUACCAACAAUUCUUUUCCCCAUCCACCUGAAGCCAGUCAUCUCCUGGGUGGACAGGUUCCUGAGGAUGAGAAUAAGGCUGGGAAGAGUCCUCAUCACCCCUCAACCCGACCUGCGGUCCAGUACCGCAAGAGAAACGCCUGCGAGGAUGAAGAUGAACUGGUUGGGAGUAGCCCUCCGCAGAGGAACUGGAAAGGAAUCGCCAUCGCCCUGCUGGUCAUCCUGGUCAUCUGCUCUCUGAUCGUCACCUCCGUCAUUCUACUCACACCAAGUGAGGAUGACAGUCUGGCCUCCAAAAAGAAAGUCACGAUUGAGGACAUCUUCAAUGGAAAGCUCCAGGCACACGACCCCGAGGCAGCAUGGCUUAGCGACACUGAAAUUCUGUACCGUUCCCAUGAGGGCGAUGUGGUGAAGCUCAACGUGCUGACAAAUACCUCCAAGAUUUUAGUGAAGAACCAGAUGUUUGAGAGUUUCCACAGCCAGGGAUCCUUCAAACCGACCAAAUACCAAGUAUCUCCUGAUCUAAAAUACGUGCUGUUGGCCUACAACAUUGUGCCGCUUUAUCAGUAUUCCUUCAUGGCCCAUUACAUCAUCUGCAGCCUUGAUUCUCCAGAGAAAGUAGAGCUGACCCCUAAUGAGGUGCAGAAUACCGCACUGCAGUACGCCGGAUGGGGUCCCAAAGGACAGCAACUGAUUUUCAUCUUUGAGAAUAACAUCUACUACAAAGCGCAAGUGAACAGCCCACCAAAACGCCUGGUUUCCACAGGCAGUCUGGGGGUCAUAUUUAAUGGACUAGCUGACUGGCUCUAUGAAGAGGAGAUCUUCCAGAAUCACAUCGCUCACUGGUGGUCACCAGAUGGUCUCAGACUGGCAUAUGCCACCAUUAAUGACACUCUGGUGCCCAAGAUGGAGAUACCCAUGUUCACAAGCGCACUGUAUCCCAGCGGACAGGAGUACCGCUACCCUAAAGCCGGAGAGGAGAACCCUGAUAUCUAUUUGUCAGUGGUGAGUCUGAAUGGCCCUUUACACACAGUGAGGAUGAGGAAACCAGAAGACCCCAGAAUCAGGAAAGAGUACUACAUCACCAUGGUGAAGUGGGCGACCAGCACCAAAUUAGCAGUAAACUGGCUGAACCGGGCACAAAACAACUCCAUCCUGACCCUAUGUGAAGCCACCACAGGCAUCUGCACCAAGAAACAUGAAGAUGAAAGUGACAGCUGGCUUCACAGACAGAACGAACCCCCGCUGUUCUCCAGAGAUGGUUUCAGGUUGUUCUUCACCCGAGCCAUUCCACAGGGGGGCCGGGGGAAGUUUUUCCACAUAUCCAUGUCCACUUCCCAGCCUAACAGCAGCGCAGACACGCUACAGUCCCUGACGUCAGGAGACUGGGACGUGACGGAGAUUUUAGCCUACAACGAGGACACCAAACUUGUAUACUUUCUGAGCACAGAAGACGAUGCAAGACGGCGUCACCUCUACAGUGCCAACACCACAGGAUCCUUCAACCGCCGUUGUCUUUCCUGUGAAUUCAGCUGUGGCUACGUCAGUGGAUCAUUCAGUCCUGAUGCUAACCUCUUCCUUCUCAACUGCAAAGGCCCUGUUGUGCCACACUCAGCCGUGUACAGCACCAAAGACGGACAGUAUCAAAAGCUGCUGGAUGUGGAGACCAAUGAGGAGUUGAACACCACCUUGAACAACACACAGAUGCCCAAAGUAGAGUACAGAAAGAUCAGCGUAGAUGAUUACAGUCUGAACAUCCAGAUUCUGAGGCCAGCAGGGUUUGUAGACACAGCUCACUACCCCGUACUGCUGCUGGUGGAUGGCACCCCCGGUGGUCAGAUGGUGACAGAGCAGUUUCAGGUGGACUGGACCACUGUGCUGGUCAGCUCCUUCAACACCAUAGUCAUGCGUCUGGAUGGCCGCGGCAGUGGAUUUCAGGGCACAAACCUCCUCCACCGUGUGAAGAAGAAACUGGGGGAGUUUGAGGAGAGAGACCAGCUGGAAGCCCUUAGAAUUAUAUCACAGCUGCCGUACAUUGACAUCUCAAGAAUUGGAGUUUAUGGAAAGGCAUAUGGAGGAUAUCUGACCAGCCGACUCUUGCGCUUGGAUGAACCUCCAAACACGUUUAAAUUCAAAAUCAAGUGUGGCACUGCCAUCUCCCCCAUCACUGAUUUCUCUUUAUAUGCUUCUGCAUUUUCUGAGCGCUAUUUAGGAUCACCGCAGUCCAAUAAGAGAGAGUAUAAGAUGACACGUUUAACAGACCAUUUGGAGCAACUGAGGGACAAGAAACUCAUGAUAAUCCACCCGACGGCUGACGAGAAAGUCCAUUUUCAGCACACAGCCAAAUUUAUCACCCAUUUGAUAAAUGAGAAGGCUAAUUAUACAUUACAGAUCUACCCAGAUGAAGGCCACUUCCUUCACUCGAAAGACUCACAGCAACAUCUAAGUCAGUCGCUGGUCAACUUCUUCGUUGAGUGUUUCAGACCACCAGAGAUAAUGAGUGAAGACAAACUGGAGCAGGACAAUGAGGAUGAUGGUUAAAGUCCUAUUCAUAUCCAGCACAAGCCAGCUUACAGCUCAAUAUGCAAACUCCUCCCCUCCAUUACACCAUUCCUUCAUUCCCAUGUUAGUUCUGAUGGCUUCUCCUGAGCCUCUGCAUGGACCACGCCCCUCAACUCUGAUUGGCUCAUUGGAUCCAGGAAAGAGUUUGAAUGACUUGGUGAUAAAAUAACCUGUGGAGGUACAUGUUGAACCAUUUCAUACUCACAGCAUCACACAAGCAGUGUGAGAAAACUGGAUAAACUGGAGUGAUUCGGACAAACUGUCAAGCUCUUUUGCUUGUGUUCUCUAAUUCAUACAUUGCUGACAGAAAGCUUUAAGAGAUGACAGCACAAUAUACAGAAGAAUGAUUGGCCAGAAUACCGAAGCUGCAAAUUACUCAAUUAUUUUCCCUGCUGCAUACCAUUCUGAGUUUAAUACAGUUAUUACAGUUUAGGGCCUUUAUUUGGGUAUAAAUGUCAUUGUGAACUCAUUUGUUUCUGUCAUCAAUGUCAAAGUCAUGAGGCCUGUUUGUGCUAAACGAAUUUUUGUGCAAAAUGUUCAUAAAAUCAUUUGUGUCAGCUGAAUGUGGCAAUUUACGUAAAAAAAAAAAAAAAAAGAGUAGCAUAAUGCUGCCUUAACGUGCUGUCGGAAAUUUGGGAGGGCGUUCGUCUGCAGUUUUUGCCCAGGAAACUCAUAGGCCUAUUUACGAUAAUUCCGAGAGCACAUGAAGGCAGCGUAAUUCAUAAAGUCUUACAGGAAUUUGUUCUGAUCGUUUCAAAUGUGCUACAGUAAAACAGUUGCUUUAAAAUUGAUCCGUUGUAGUAAUGAUCCACAGCAGCAUCCAUAUUGUUUAUUAGUGAAUCGGCCCAUUCUGAGAAGCAUAGUCUUCAAUUUUUUUUAGAUUUGAGUGCAGCUGCAAAUGUCUAUUGAUAUUCAUUUAGUCACUGUGCCUUAUUGGAAUAAACCUGCUCAAGACAGGCAGUCCAUGAGGUAGGAUGAAUAAUUUAUGGACAGAUUGGGAAAAAGUUUAGAAAUAGUUUUACGUUAUCAAAGAGAGGACUAAGAACCAUGCCACAAUCCUGCCAAGAACAUUUUCUUUACAGUCCUGUGUACUGGUUAAGUUGUAAUUAAUACAGUAGAUUAACUGUGAGUACAAAAUUCAUAGGACUAGCGUCUUUGGGCAGGUAUGCGUUUUUUUUUCUUUCUGUCAUAUGUGGUUACAAAGGUUUUUAAAGAACGUUUUGCAUAGAAUAUAUUUUCUUGCUAUAUAAUUUGGCAUGGUGGCAAGAUGAUUUCUUUUGUGUUAAUGUAUCUAUUUAUGUGUCAUUACUUUUGACAGCUUGAAUGUUCCUAUGUGGUUCCACUGAAUUUAUUGUUGUAAGUGAAAUCCUGUCUUGUAAGCAGAUGCACUGAUGUGUAAAUUACUGUUUUGGUCCCUACUUGUGUGUACCUUGUACAUAAAGCAUUUUGAAAGCUA